GCUUCUCUCUCGCUUUGAAAUCUCUCUAUCUCGCUCGGCGAUAAUGGCGGAAUCACCAUCUCACAGUGAUGCUCAGCUUGUUGCUCAUCAAUCUCCUGGUCAGCAAGCUGAAUCGGAUCUGGCGUCUCUCGUCUUCGAAAUGUCACAGCAAGUUCAGAUGGGAAUGGAGAAUAUGCUCAAGAUGGUCAAUGAAAUCGAUCAAAACUCUGUUGGAAUCAAGGAAGAUAUUGAGAAAUCAAAGGAUUUUGCUAUGGAGAAGAAAAGAAUUCUUGAGGAAGAGAAAGAACAGUUUCAGAAAGCUGCUUACACUAUUCUAGACAUGCUAAGCAACAGCCGAGGCUAAAUCCGGAGGGGAUGAUGCUCUUGGAGAAACUAUAUCAGGUAAAGGAAAUAUUAUAAAUGUCAAUAAAGAAUCUCACUGGUUUGGUAUUGUAUCUACAUACAAUUUAAGGUAUUAGUUUCACAUUGCUAUUAUUGCAACUUUUAUCACAAUGUGUGAAUUCAGAAAAUACAUGUGGUUGAAUCCA